GCGGCAAUAUCUCGCGUCACUGAGCUUUCAAGACUUACCGCUUUCUCCGUCGUCUGAUGAGAUUUGACCCCCCCAUGAAUCCAUGACUAACACUGCACGGCCCCUAAUUUAUUCCCCCUAAAGACAAGGCCAACCCCAACCUCAUUAUCACCAGCCUCUUUCUCUGGACCUCACCCUUCUACUCAUAUUCUUCGACUACACCUACACGAGAGAACGCCAGACCAAAACCCAUGUCUACUUCAGGAACAUCAAAAGCCACCAGCACCGCCAAUAUCGAAUGAAACGACCAGGACAACACACAACACACGACGAGGCAUGAUAGAUCCUGACACGUCUGGAUCAGCCGUCUCCGAGAACCACUGGUUUCCCUGCUUCGUCUGAGCUACAGCGGCGUGCCAGGAUCGUUGCUGAGGAUUCAGAUCCCCCCUCCGCAAGCCCCAGACCAUGCCCAUCUUCCAGGCAGACCUCGAACAACUCGAAGGGCAGGUGAUAUGUCAACCGCUACCACAGCCACAACCGCCUGAUCCUAUCACUUACCGAGCACGUGGCUCUCCGACGGAUACGUCCUCGCGGCCGCAACCACUCCACCACUCACCAUCUCACCUGACUAGGAAGAUUUCCGAAGAAAGUAUCCGUACCGAGUUUUGCGACGGACCUGUUCUGGAUAGUCCGAGACCGGCCACUCCCGAAGGAUGCCACGGCCCGGACUUGGGACCUGUGUCGGUCACCUCGGAUCGCGCCGAGCUUAUCGACAGGCUAAAGAGAGCACAGAGUCCCCAAUGGAUCUCCAGUUCUCAUCUCGAGGCUCUCUUCAAAAGUCGUGACAGUCAUGACCCGUCUUCGCCGAUACCGUCACAGUCACCGUACCCUCCCCGAUCCCCGUCUAGUCACCUUGUCCAUUCGCCCGACCUCCUCCCACCGGCCGACAUUACACCAGAAAAGGCCCGGGGACCUCCGAAGGUAGCCGAGGUGCGGUCGUCGGACGACGAGGCCAGGCUAAGAGAAGGGCUCAAUAUCCAGAGACCGAGGUCCGCUCUCCAUAGCGGCGACUUUACCCAGCUUGAGUCUCGUAGUGACCGUGACCCUGAUUGUGACGCUGACGCUGACGCUGACGCUGACGCUGACCCUGACCGCGAUCGUACCCGUACCCCAACCUCACCUCCUCGCCCUCGCCCUCGCCCUUUCGCCUUUGACCGCCGUCCAUGUCCCUCGUACGCCGAUCCUACCGAACACAUCGACCCUGGUGACGAUUUCAGAUCAAUCCCUUCUUCCCUGUCGUCCUCUUAUUCCACGAGCUUUGCAUACAAGGCCCCAACCACUCCUCUGGUCCAAUCCGAGAGUAACGAAGAUCUCGAACCGGCCUGGCCGAGAAACGUCAUCUACCAUCCUCGGCGACAUACCCUAACCGCCGCUCCGUCACCGCUCAAUCUCCUCAAUCUCCCGCCGAGGGGACCAGCCGCUGCCGCCCUUGGUGGUGGCCUGUCCGCCCAUCGGAGGGAAGGCUCCCUGCCGUAUCAGGCUCAUCAGCCACGCCGGUCUCUCACCUUGGCGGCCAGUGGCUCCCCAUUCCUGGGGACAUCGCCUCAGAUGCCCGCCCUCCUGAGGUCUCGGCGGUCGUCUAUCAGCGCAGAGUCGUCUUCUCCCCUGCAACACGCCUCCAUGGUGGGCUCGUACGAGGAGAGCAUCCUCCGCGGCCGCAUGUCGACGACCCCGUCGAAACCGCUUGAUUUCGUCGCCCAAAUCGGUGUCCUGGGCUUGGGCAAGUGCAAGCCCAGCCUAAAGUGCCCUCCACACGUGACCCUUCCCUUCCCGGCCGUCUUUUACAGCUACGGCAAUAGUAGCUUAUAUGGAAGGGCCCCUUCAGAAGACGGCCCGAGUCCGUACGUGGGUCAGAUCGAUCUGGAAAAUGGACUGCCCAACCAGAGCGACGAGAACCGUUCCAGGAGGAAGAUGCAAUCCCGCUAUGCCGAAAGGCGCUUGGCCGAGGAACAAACAUCUCCUCCCCCCUUGGAUGGGCCGUCUGAAGAAGGUCUGGAUCGGGAGCCGAACAGAGACAGAGACAGAGCCAACCGGCCACGUCGCGGAUCAGGUGCUCCGCGUGCGCCCCCGGGCGGCCAUUAUCGGAUCCCCGAAAAGGGCCAGAUCCAGAUCGUGAUCAAGAACCCCAACAAGACUGCUGUCAAGUUGUUCCUCGUUCCCUAUGAUCUUGCCGGUAUGGAACCCGGCACGAAGACGUUCAUCCGUCAACGCAGCUAUUCCAUGGGACCCGUCAUCGAAGACGCGCCGGUUUCUGAAGCCUCCACGGCUGACCGCCCUAUUCUGCGCUACCUUGUCCAUCUGCACAUAUGUUGCCCUGCCAAGGCCAGGUUCUACUUAUAUAAAAACAUACGUAUCGUAUUUGCUAACCGUGUUCCCGACGGCAAAGAGAAGCUGCGCAACGAAACCACCUGGCCAGAGCCCAGGUUCACGGCCUACAAGCCCGUCCGCGCCAUGCACCCCCCGCUGUCCGCCGCCAGCGCCAGCGCCAGCGGCCCGGGCGCGAUGCUGGCCGCCGAGACUGCCUUCAGGAGGCGCAGCUCAGGCUUCACGUCUGGUCAUUUCCCGCGAGGCCUCGAAGCCAUGGACGGCGGCGUUUCCCCAUCUCCGCAUGACCGGCUCGGCCGUGACGGCAACGCCGCGACCCACGCUGGUCUGCGGUCCCCGACGAUGACCGAGUCGACGUCGUCGUCGUCGUCCCAGCCUGGUAGCUGUAAUAACAGCCGACCGGGUACCCGGGACGGGCUGGAUGCGCAGAUUGCCCGAUACGAGAAGCUCAGCAAGGGCGAUGUCGGCUACGGCGGGAAUUCCUUUGCUGGUGCGUCGGGGCUGCGGAGUCCAGGUGGGGCCGAAAGUCUGCUCUCGCAGCGUUUGCGGUCGCUCGGCGUUCAGGGGCAGGAUGCCUCGGUCUUCGAACCGUGA